UUGUCAUUAACUUUAUUGUCUAUCAAAUUAUCAUAUUUUUUGUAAAGUUUUAAUACGUCUUUAAUAUUUAUUGACUAGUUUGUUAAAAUGUCUAAUAAAAAGAAUAAAGAAAUUAUUAAUCAAGACAGUGAUAGUGAAGAAGAUCAGGAUUCCGGCAGCGAAAAAGAUUCCGACUUUGACUCAGAUGGUAACUUCGUUGGAGACAAAGAGCUCCAAGCUGACUUUGAGGGUAGAAACCCUGAGGACUGUGAUUUCCAUGGUAUUAAACAACUAUUACGUCAAUUGUUUCUAAAGUCCAAUGUUGACAUAGGAGGUCUUUCUGAAAUUAUAAUUUCACAAAACUAUGUGGGGAGUGUAGUUAAACAAUGUUUGGACAAUGAACCCGAAAAUGAUGAUGAUGAUGAUGAUGAUGAUGGAAGUGAUGGUGUCUUUGGAAUCACUACUGUUAUAAAUAUUACAAAAAGAAAGGAUACACCCUGCAUACAACAAAUAAGAACACUUUUAACAACACUAGCUGAAGACAAUGCUGAUAACAAAACAAAGGCUCUCGUACAAAAGUUAUUGGGUGAUGAUUCUCAACAUGUAGGAUUUGUCAUUAAUGAGAGAAUUUUAAACAUUCCUGCAGCCAUCAGUGUGCCACUAUUUUCGUCGCUACAGACUGAAGUUGAUAAAGCUAUUAGAAAGAACAUGCCAUACACAUUCCAAUAUUUAGUGUGGAUUUGCAAAACAUACAAUAAUGGAGAUGAAGCUUCGGAAAUAUUAUACGCAAAUCAGGAAGAGAGGCCCCUAGCUGAUGAAGCGCUGGCUAGUUUCGAUGUCGAUGUCACGGAACAGGCUGAUCUCUCGCAGUGGGACUAUGAGGGAGGCGCUCUCACACCAUGUAGAAAGGUCCUGAUUUUCGAAGGCAACAAAUUGAAUACUUUAAUAAGACUUAUUAAAGAGGAAGUUGAGAAUGCUUAAAACCAUCUCGUUACAUCGACAUUACCUAUUUAACAUGUACGCCAUUUAUAAUAUUUAUAUGUUAUUAUUACUAGUUAAGUAUAUUAUAAGCUUUAUUACUUUUAA